AUGGAUGGAAAAUCUGAGAGGACUAUUCAGGUGCCUGAGGAUAUGCUAUGGGUAUGUGUAGUUUAUUUUAGUGCUCGGUGGGAUCCAUACUUGCCUUUGGUGGAGUUCGCUUACAAAAACAAUUAUCAUUCCAACAUCCAGAUGGCUUCUUUUGAGACAUUGUAUGGACGGAGAUAUAGGUCGCCCAUUGGAUCAUUUAAUUCUGUGGUAGUGGAUAGCCUAGACAGUGAUUUGCUUAGAGAUGCAAUAGAGCAGGUUCGGUUGAUUCAGGGUAGGUUGUUGAUAGCUCAGAGUCUCCAAAAGAGUUAUGCUGAUAGGCAGGUUCGACCUUUGGUGUUCAUGGUUGGUAACCAGGUAAUUUCCCUUGAUUCUGUGGAGAUGAGCCCAGUUUUGAACUAUGAGGAAGAACCAGUGGCUAUUCUAUAUAGACAUGUUAGGAAGUUGAGGACUAAGGAGAUAACUUUGAUGAAGGUUUUGUGGUUGCAUCGGCUUAUGAGAGAGGCUACUGGGGAGAUAGAAUUAGACAUGCGGGCCCAUUGCCCUCAUCUUUUUAAGACUCCAGGUGGAACCCUUCAUGUUCGCAGUGCUAGAUCCCGCGGUCACAAUGAGGUGACCCUUGCAAUGUUAUCACGAUCGCGAUGGGUCCUUCCACGAUCAUGA